AUGCGGAUAAUUUCUCGUUUGGACCAUGGGUUCGGGCCAAACGCAUGGUAUCCAUUCCGUGGUCUUACCGAAGAGUUCAAACGACGCCUGGCUGUUUAUCCAUCGGAUUUCACCGAUGGCGUCACGGGCCAUCGUACAAUGUCAAAACUAUUCUCUACAGUAGUGUUUCUUUACUUCGCCUGUAUUCUGCCUGCAAUUGCCUUUGGUGUGCUCAACGAUGAUAAUACGAGAGGAGGCAUAAAUGUUCGGAAAGUUGUCAUUGCUCAAGCUAUUGGUGGUAUAUUCUUCUCGCUGUUUGGCGGUCAGCCGAUGAUCAUUCUGCUCACUACCGUUCCCUUAGCUAUAUACAUAAAAGUGAUAUAUAAAAUAUCUGAAGAGCUUGGUUACGAUUUUUUCGCCAUGUAUGCAUGUGUUGGCUUAUUUUGUCAAAUGUUUCUUGUACUCUACUCGGCUACUGAGUUAUGCAGUUUGAUGAAACUGGCUACGAGGUCAGCCGAGGAGAUGUUCUCUUUAUUUAUUGCUAUAGCGUUCAACGUAGAAUGUAUGCGGGCCAUACAUUCUAUAUUCAAAAGGAACUACAGUGGAUGCGAUUCCAUGAACACUACCAAUGUAAAUUCGACCUUAAUUAAUGCUACAUCUGAGAUGGAUAAUGGCGCAUUAUGUAGGAGGGAUACGACGAUACUUUACAUGCUUCUAAUGUUUGGAACGCUUUGGUUGGGUCUAUUCCUUUACAAUUUCAGGAAGACCCCAUAUUUGACGAGAUCGCGUCGAGAGUGGCUAGCCGACUACGCUUUACCAGCUUCUGUCCUAAUCAUGUCAUUCACUGGAUCUUACUGCUUUGCCGAUAUCGAAAAGGAUCGUUUCAAACUUCGCGAGAAUGUGCCAAUCGUACAUCUAGCUGAUAUCUUCUCAUUGCCACCAUCCGGAUAUUUUGUGUGCCUUCUUUUAGGAUUCUCUUUGUCAUUUUUAUUCUUCAUGGAUCAAAAUAUUACAUCUGCAAUCGUGAAUAACCCGCAAAAUAAGUAA